UGACCUGGGAGUCCGUCCAUGCAAGAUGUGCCCCCUCAGCACUCUGUUUCUGGUGUCUCUAGCAACCUGCAUGGUUUGCGGAAACCCCUCUUCACCACCUGUGGUAGACACUGUUCAUGGCAAAGUCCUGGGGAAAUACAUCAACGUAGAAGGAUUUGCACAGCCUGUGGCCGUCUUUCUGGGAGUGCCCUUUGCCAAGCCUCCUCUUGGAUCCUUGAGGUUUGCUCCACCACAGCCUGCAGAGCCCUGGAGCUUCAUAAAGAACACCACCACCUACCCGCCUAUGUGCUCCCAAGAUGCAGCAAAAGGACAGAGGGUCAAUGACCUCAUAACCAAUAGAAAGGAGAAGAUCCAUCUUGAGUUUUCGGAAGACUGUCUCUACCUAAAUAUUUAUACUCCUGCAGACUUUUCAAAGAACAGCAGGCUACCAGUGAUGGUAUGGAUCCAUGGAGGUGGACUGACGCUGGGUGGGGCAUCAACGUUUGAUGGACGGGCCCUCUCUGCAUAUGAAAACAUUGUGGUGGUGGUCAUUCAGUACCGCCUGAGCAUCUGGGGAUUCUUCAGCACCGGGGAUGAACACAGCCGGGGGAACUGGGGUCACUUGGACCAGGUGGCUGCGCUGCACUGGGUCCAGGACAACAUUGCUAAAUUUGGAGGUGAUCCGGGAUCUGUGACCAUCUUUGGAGAGUCAGCAGGAGGUUUCAGUGUCUCUAUUCUUGUAUUGUCCCCAUUGUCCAAGAACCUCUACCACAGGGCCAUUUCUGAGAGUGGUGUUGCCCUCACUCCUGGAUUGUAUACCAAGGAUGUCAGACCGGUGGCUGAGAAAAUUGCUGUUAUUGCUGGCUGUAAAACCACUACAUCUGCUGUCAUUGUUCACUGUCUGCGGCAGAAGACAGAGGAGGAGCUCUUGGAGAUUACACAGAAAAUGAGUCUGUUUAAACCCAAUUUGCAAGGAGAUACCAAAGAGAGCCACCAGAAUGUGUUAACUGUGUUUGAUGGAGUGGUGCUACCCAAGGACCCAAAAGGGAUCCUGGCUGGGAAGAACUUCAACACUGUGCCCUACAUUGUGGGAAUCAACAAGCAAGAAUGUGGCUGGCUUCUGCCCACAAUGUUGGGAUUUCUACCACCUGAUAUAAAAUUGGACAAGAAGAUGGCCAUUAAAUUCUUGGAGAUGUUUGCUUCUGUGUCUGGCAUACCAGAGGAUAUUAUUCCAGCUGCCUUAGAGAAGUACACAAAAGGUAGUGAUGACCCUGUUGCGAUCAAAGAUGGAGUCCUCGACUUGGUUGGGGAUAUGCUAUUUGGUGUCCCAUCAGUGAUUGUGUCCCGUGACCAUAGAGAUGCUGGAGCUCCCACCUACAUGUAUGAGUUUCAAUACUACCCAAGCUUCUCAUCACCCCAAAGACCCAAGAAUGUAGUAGGAGACCAUGCAGAUGAAGUCUACUCGGUCUUCGGUGCCCCAAUUUUAAGAGAUGGUGCCUCUGAAGAGGAGAUCAAACUCAGCAAGAUGAUGAUGAAAUUUUGGGCCAACUUUGCUCGGAAUGGGAACCCUAAUGGGGAGGGGUUGCCUCACUGGCCAGAAUAUGACCAGAAAGAAGGAUAUCUGCAGAUUGGUGCCACCACCCAGCAAGCCCAGAGACUGAAAGCAGAGGAAGUAGCUUUCUGGACACAGUCUAUGGCCAAGAAACAACCUGAGCCAUACCACAAUGAGCUGUGAAUGCAAGGCGCUGCAAGAGAAGCCAAGAUAUGGUUCUUCCACUAAAAGUGUAUGUAAAUCAAAGACGGAUCUUAGAGGAUCCUGAAGAACUUUGUCAUAGAUACAGGCAGAGCCCAGGGAAGGGAAACGGUUGCACUU